CGCCGCUGCUGAUGGCUGGACUGUGGAGCUUAGCAAUACUGCGCUCACUUCCUCUUCUCCCCAGUGCAUUCGGGCCUCUGGGCGGUGCAAAGUGUGCCGUUCUCCGUGCGUUGGCCGAUCGUAUCAACGCCGAAUUGUGACGCGCACUUCCUUUUCCGUAUUUUCUUUUGCCCUGGGCGACUCACAGAAAACACACAGCAAAAUGGCGUCAGACCAGAGGCCCCUGUACGCAAGAGAGCAGAUCGCACAGUACUUCGAGCGUCUAAAGUUGCCUCAGGAACAUCGCAAGUACGAUGUCGCAGGGUUGGAGCCUGAGCAUGCGCUGGAGUACCUCACGCUCUUGCAGAAGCACCAUCUGGUUGAGAUACCGUUCGAAAAUCUGACGUUGCAUUACUCGGCCCAUCGUCAGAUCUCACUUCACCCGGAAGAGUUGUUCAGGAAAAUCAUCAGAGACAACAAUGGCCGCGGCGGGUACUGCAUGGAGAACAAUUGCCUGUUUGGGACGCUGCUGAGAUCGCUCGGAUUUCAGGUCUUCUCUGCUGGUGCCCGUGUGUUCGACGACGGGAAGUGGACUGGCUGGAGUCACAUGGUUAAUAUCAUCACGGUGGGAUCCAUGAAAUACCAUGUCGACGUGGGCUUCGGAGGGAAUGGACCCGUCGUGCCAAUGCCUCUUGAUCGGUCCGGCGCCGUCCAGCGACACAUCAGCCCCGCAGCAGCGCGUCUGCAGUGGCGCAACAUACCCGGCAACACCGACCCCGACCAACGGCUCUGGAUUUACGAACACAGAAUCGACGAAAAUAGCGAUUUCCAGAUGACGUAUAGCUUCACCGAGCUGGAGUUCCUCCCGAGUGAUUAUGCCAUCAUGAACUACUUUACCAGCACUUCACCAAGGACCUUCUUUACAAGGGUUAUUGUAGGGGAGAAGAAGCUGCUUGGAGAUGACGGAGAGCUCGCAGGCAAUCUCAUCCUGGGGAACACUGAUCUGAAGUGGAGGAUACGCGGACAGAAGGAAAAGGAGAUCAAGUUUGAGAGCGAGCGUGACAGAGUCAAAGCCUUGGAGGAGCAUUUCGGAAUCAAAGUGAGCGAGGUUGAGAGGGACGGCAUCCGGGGGCUUCCUUCGGAGAUCAAGUAGGUGAUGUAGAACACGGUAGUUGGGGGGCUAUGCACCCGUUCUGGAAGCAGAGACUAUGAAUGACGAGAUGGAGUGUAU